CCUGACAGUCCUUGUUCCGUGUUGAGAGCACUUGCACCGCUGUGCUGCUGCUCCGGUCCGCUUACAGCUCCUUUCAUCAGCACUGUGAAUACGCAUCUCUGUUCAACCACAGUAAUACUGGUCUGUGUUGUAAAGAUCAUUAUCAUGCACUUUUGAUUAAGCUAAGCACAGUCGCCGUUGUUCGUCCUGUAAAUACAAGUGUUUCUGUUACUGUCUAGCCUAACACAAAGAUCUCAGUUCCUGCUAUCACCAAAACUGGCCAAGGAAUUAUUCUACAUCAACACCGCAGUGGGUGAGGUGUGGUGCAUUUCUCCUCACUCGCACACGACCACUGACACUCCCACCUCCGGGAGUCAGGGUCCUCCCUCAGCCCCCAGCUUGUCUCCUCCAACAGAUACAUGCAUCCGCGGGCAAGAUUUGGGACCACCACUCUGUUGCUGGUGCUGUGGUGUGAGGCUGUGGUGGUGAGGGGCGCCUCCACAUCCUCCUGGAUACACUCCACCACGGCCCUCCACCUUCAGGAACAAAACACGGCAUCCCUUGAGGGCGACCCAAAGAAUCGCGCACCUUUGUCAACGUCUCCUUCCGAUGGCAGCUCGAAGACGCACCAGUUUCCAGACAGUCACAGACACAAGCCAAGGACUCACGUCUCCCGGGGAAGUUAUCAACAUGACUUCUAUGACAUGAGAAAGGCUUCGAGGGCAACAAGGGAUACCAUCCUCCGGAAUCAACCCUUAGAACGUCACCUGUCGGACCAGGAGACCACACACUCACAGGAUCAUCUACUGGGCCAGGAGACCACACACUCACAGGAUCAUCUACUGGGCCAGGAGACCACACACUCACAGGAUCAUCUACUGGACCAGGAGACCACACACUCACAGGAUCAUCUACUGGGCCAGGAGACCACACAAUCACAGGAUCAUCUACUGGACCAGGAGACCACACACUCACAGGAUCAUCUACUGGGUCAGGAGACCACACAAUCACAGGAUCAUCUACUGGACCAGGAGACCACACAAUCACAGGAUCAUCUACUGGACCAGGAGACCACACAAUCACAGGAUCAUCUACUGGGUCAGGAGACCACACACUCACAGGAUCAUCUACUGGGUCAGGAGACCACACAAUCACAGGAUCAUCUACUGGGUCAGGAGACCACACAAUCACAGGAUCAUCUACUGGGUCAGGAGGCCACACACUCACAGGAUCAUCUACUGGGCCAGAAGACCACACAAUCACAGGAUCAUCUACUGGGUCAGGAGACCACACAAUCACAGGAUCAUCUACUGGGUCAGGAGACCACACAAUCACAGGAUCAUCUACUGGGUCAGGAGACCACACAAUCACAGGAUCAUCUACUGGGUCAGGAGGCCACACACUCACAGGAUCAUCUACUGGGCCAGAAGACCACACACUCACAGGAUCAUCUACUGGACCAGGGAGACCCACACCUCCACAGGAUCAUCUACUGGGUGGGAGACCACACACUCCUGGGAUCAUCUACUGGGUCAGGAGACCACCUCCACAGGAUCAUCCUACUGGACAGGGGCCACACACUCUGGGAUCAUCUACUGGACCAGGACCACACACUCUGGGAUCAUCUACUGGACCAGGGAGACCACACAAUCACAGGAUCAUCUACUGGACCAGGAGACCACACAAUCACAGGAUCAUCUACUGGGUCAGGAGACACACAAUCACAGGAUCAUCUACUGGGUCAGAGACCACGUCAGGAUCUCACUGGGUCAGGAGACCACACACCACAGGAUCACAUCUGGGAUCAUCUACUGGGUCAGGAGACCACACAAAUCACAGGAUCAUCUACUGGGUCAGGAGACCACACAAUCACAGGAUCAUCUACUGGGUCAGAGUUAAUCCUGGGAUCAUCUACUGGGUCGAGACCACACACUCACAGGAUCAUCUACUGGGUCAGGAGACCACACACUCACAGGAUCAUCUACUGGACCAGGAGACCACACAUCACAGGAUCAUCUACUCAGGAGACCACACAAUCACAGGAUCAUCUACUGGGUCAGGAGACCACACAAUCACAGGAUCAUCUACUGGGUCAGGAGACCACACAAUCACAGGAUCAUCUACUGGGUCAGGAGACCACACAAUCACAGGAUCAUCUACUGGGUCAGGAGACCACACAAUCACAGGAUCAUCUACUGGGUCAGGAGACCACACAAUCACAGGAUCAUCUACUGGGUCAGGAGGGGAUCAUCUACUGGGCCAGAAGACCACACAAUCACAGGAUCAUCUACUGGGUCAGGAGACCACACAAUCACAGGAUCAUCUACUGGGUCAGGAGACCACACAAUCACAGGAUCAUCUACUGGGUCAGGAGACCACACAAUCACAGGAUCAUCUACUGGGUCAGGAGGCCACACACUCACAGGAUCAUCUACUGGGCCAGAAGACCACACACUUACAGCAACUAA